AAGUGGGUGUGGAAUGUUCUGUUCAUGAUGUAGCCUAGCAUACAGCUUCCUUCUGUGUGCUGAGCUCUCAUUUAGAAGUCAUUUCAAUUGAUUAUUCAGCCUCUCCUUGGUAUAGGGUUGGCGUAUCUCGUUAAUACAGAACUGUUUCAGCGACGGAACGAUGGCAGUGAACCUAAGCAAAAACGGCAUUGCCCUGACAAAUGCCUACAAAGAGGUAGUAGAUGAAAAAUCCAACACCAACUGGGUCUUAUUCACCUAUGAGGGGAAUACUAAUGAUAUCAGAUUGGCAGAGAAGGGAGAUGGUGGACUGGAGGAACUGGUGGAGGAACUUAACAGUGGGAAAGUUAUGUACGCUUUCUGUCGUGUCCAGGACCCAAAUUCUGGCCUGUGCAAAUAUGUCCUUAUCAACUGGACUGGAGAAGGUGUAAAAGAUGCCAGAAAAGGAAUAUGUGCCAAUCAUGUCAGUGCCAUGGCUAAUUUUCUCAAGGGUGCUCAUGUCACAAUAAAUGCACGUGCGGAGGAGGAUGUGGAACCUGAUGCUAUUAUGCAAAAGGUUGCAAAGGCUUCAGGGGCCAACUACAGCUUCCACAAAGAAUCUAACAAGUUUCGUGAUGCUGGCCCACAGGGACCUGUGGGCUCUGUGUAUCAGAAGACCAACGCAAUGUCUGAAAUAAAACGUACCAAUAAAGACAACUUCUGGGCUCAGGCAGAGAAAGAUGAGGAGAAGCGGCGUCAGGAGGAGCGCUGCAAGGCAGAUGAGGAGCGCCAGAAGCUAGAGAAGGACAGGAAGGACAGAGAGGCCAAGGAGGCAAGUCUCAGAGAGAAGAGGGACAAGGAGAGGGCCUCUGUUAUUGACCAGCAGAAGAAGUACCAGCAGCAGCAGGAAGCUGAGAGCCGAGACCUUGAACAACAACAAUGGGAGGCGCAGGAGAAGGACUUCCAGGCAGCUCAGAAGAAAGGGAUGAGGCGUGGGGAGUCUGUGGAGAAAGCCAAUGAGGCGGCUUCUCUGAUCUCCCAGCGCUCUAUGAACCCCAGAGAAAUGUUCAAACAGAGAGAGAUGGGUAUGGCCCACAGCACCACAGACAGUGAUGCCCACGCCUCUGCCAAUCCCCAGCCAGGGCGUUUGCACAGCCCUUUUCUGUCUAAGCAACCAUGUGAGCCCGAGCCGCCCCUGCGCCCAGCCUCCCCGCUGCCAGCAGCCUCUACCUGUCUUGUCCCUGUUGCAGAACCCAGUGUGGAUGAGACAGUUGUGGAUAAGUCCACUUCCAGUGUGGAUAAACCAUUCCAGUCUCAGGGCUUUAAUGAGCCGGAGGCAACCCCUGUUCAGGAUGAAGUCUCUGAGGAACAGUGGCAUGAUGAAGUGAAGGCACCGGCAGCUCCCAUGCAGCACAACCACACCCCAGAGCCAGCUCAGAACAGCCUCUAUGAAGAGCCUGCACAGGUAGAAGAGAACUUGUAUGAAGUGGCUGCAGAGGAGCCUGCAGACCGAGGUCUAUGUGCCCGGGCCCUCUACGACUACCAGGCUGCUGAUGACACUGAGAUCUCCUUUGAUCCGGAUGACAUCAUCACUGGCAUCGAGAUGAUUGACGAGGGCUGGUGGCGAGGCUAUGGCCCUGGGGGGCAUUUUGGAAUGUUUCCAGCCAAUUACGUAGAGCUCGUCUAAGUCCAUACCUCGCACAUUCACUAGAUCAGAAUAUUGGAGGCAGAAGAGGACAUUUCCCCAGAAGAAUUUGGCAGUAAUACUGUUGGCUCCAGAACAGAACACGACAGGUCAGGAGUAACUCACUAAACCAUGUCCUCCACAAUAUGGACCAACGUAUGAACAGUAAACAAGGACCAGGGGCUGCUCAAAUCAUCCCUGUGGAAAAAGGAAAUUCUGCUAUGUUGUUGAUGUUUUAAGCUGUUAAAUGGAAGAUGCGGCUUUGGUGAAAACCCUACAAACUGGCCAUACCCAAACUGCAUCUCUUACCUUUUAAUGAUUCUCAUUUAUCAGGCUUUGUUGCUGUAUCAAUUCCAAAUAACAUUAUAAACAAGCACUUCACAUUCCUUCAAUAGUAAAUGUUUUCUUUAUUGCUCAUGUAAUAAUAACAACAAUGAUCCUUUGUUUUAGUCAAAUAUUUUAUGUAAACAUUUGACUUUAACGUGUUAGCUUGAAAACAAUCCAGUGUGAAUUUCAAACCAUAGUUAGUAUUGUAGUUCAAUUGAAUAUUAGGAAAGGUUCUAUAUUUUCUGUGCUAUUUGGGUAUCUGAACUCAAGUGAAAGGAGGGUGGAAAAUACUGGCCCAAUCAUGUUUGCCUUGUGAAACAAUUAUAUUUUGUAUGUUUAUGCUAAAGAGCUUGUCCUCAUGCUCUCCUCAGCUCCUAGAGAAUGUUAAUGACCAACUCUUUCAGCGACCAGUUACAAAAAUCAAAGCAUAUGUCUUAUUACCACUUGUUGCUGUCUUGUCAUUAUGUGCGUCUUUGGUACUCCUUUCUGCUUCUACUGUUCACAACCAGGUCCAGCUUUCAAUGAAAUACAGGUCUGUGAUGGGCUUAACUAAGCAGGCUUAAGAGCGGUCAUCAGAUUCUGUUAUCAAAUGAGAGUGCCAAAGGAGGGUAACCGAGUGAUGAGGAUGCCCGCUGGAAAGUGCUUUCUCUCAUGUCAACUCCGUAACCAUAAUGCAACAGCAGUGCUUUUUUUUAUUUUUUUUUAAAUUAAGUAGUUGUGGUCAGGUUUAACAUUGUCACUUCAAUGAGAAAUUAUUUAAGAAUAAUUUGGAAUAAAGGGUCUCAGUAAUUUCAAGGUGCGUAAUGCAUCCAUUCUCCAUGUAUUUGUUUUGUCAAGAGUAUAUUGUAAUGCACAUUCUUUCGUCAUAAUAAAAUGUUAAAAUGUU